AUGUACGUAAAUAGUUACAACUACGUAAACUUUUUAGAGAAAUAUACCAAACCUAACGGUUUCUUGCAAACGCAUGUAAAAUAUGAUUUUGGGAAAAGAGGAUGUUUAAAAGGAGAUUUACAUUUACGUGAAUCCCCCAUUCUCUCUGUUAAAUACUUGCAUACCAUUUUUCUUCAAAACCCUAACCCUAACAACAACACAUGCCCCCUUCCUCUGUUCCUCAACCAUAACUCGAUCAGAUAA